AUUGUCGUUCCCAACCCCCUAGUGCAGCAGGGCUCACCACGAACUCGUGUUCAAUUUUGUUUUAUUCUUCCGUCAUCUUUAGAGCAAACUACACAUAUGUUUACAAUUUGGCCAAUCCCGUUGGUCUUGGUAAACAUUUAACUAUACAAAAAUAUUAUUUUCAUCUAAAUUGAUGUGCAAUUGCAUUACGUGUUAUGUCGAAUGCAGAUACUUUCAUCCAUCUCCUCGCUGGCGGGGUUGGCGGAACAGUGGGAGCCAUCGUGACUUGCCCACUUGAAGUCAUCAAAACUCGCUUGCAAUCAUCUUCCUGUGAAGUCCAAUGCAGUGCAGUGCGUACCCUACGAACGGCCACCGCAUCAAACGCAGGAUGCAACGCAAGUCACAUGUAUUUUACUCCAGAAAUGAACUGGAACGUCUAUUACCACCAUCAUCAAUGUACGUCGAUCAAUUCGCGAUUGGCAGUUUUCCCUGAAUCCGUCCUACAAUGGCCGGCUUCGACUUCUUCUGCUCAACCCAAAGGGGCCCUCUCCUGUUUUCGGCAUUUGGUCGAGCAAGAAGGAUGUCGGGCCCUGUUCAAAGGGUUAGGACCUAACCUGGUUGGAGUGGCCCCAACUCGGGCUUUGUAUUUCUGUACCUAUUCAACGGCCAAAAGAAAAUUCAACAAGAUAUUGACGCCCGAUUCUCAUCUGGUUCAUAUGUGUUCGGCCGGUUCUGCAGGUUUUGUGUCUUGCACUUUAACCAACCCAAUUUGGUUUGUAAAAACACGUCUGCAACUCAAUCGCAAUCAAAACGUCACAGCUUGGCAGUGCAUUUCAAACAUCUAUCGCAGCCAGGGUAUGGUCGGUUUCUACCGAGGCAUCACAGCUUCAUAUUUUGGCAUCUCAGAAACCAUUAUUAAGUUUGUACUUUACGAGUACCUCAAAGUGACUCUGCAGCAGUGGCGGGAAACACAAGCAGACAGUUCGAUGAGCAACUAUGUUGCGCUCGAUUACAUGAUAGCUGGAGCCAUCAGUAAAACGAUGGCGUGUAGUCUUUCGUAUCCUCAUGAAGUUGUUAGGACCAGAUUGCGUGAAGAACAUUCACGCUAUAGAGGAUUUUUUCAGACGUUGCACACAGUCUUCCGAGAGGAAGGCUACAGAGGACUCUAUCGUGGACUCUCCACUCAGUUGGUACGACAGAUUCCAAAUACGGCUAUCAUGAUGACCACAUACGAGGCUGUAGUUUACCUGCUCAAGAGUUUGAUUGACGAUAAAAGGUAUGCCGAAACAGAAUAAUAACAAAUAUUCCGGCCGGUGCUUCAAGUCUCCAUACAUGUAAUCUCCCUUUCCCCCCAGUUAUUUUUCAUCCUUUUAUGUCUCGCGCAAAAUACGGAAUGUGAUAGUUAUUCUGACUGUUUAGAGGUGCCUUUUUUCCCAGCUCCUUUGAGAAAAACUUAGAAAAAAAUGUAUAGAGCUUGUACAGUAUGACUAGUCACUCGUUAUCCACUAGUUAUUUUGCGCCAUAUCGAUCAUGCUACACUGUUGAAAUGUACAAAAUGUGCUUCCAUUACAAACUUUGGAAGAAUUCUUAAUAAAUAUGUUAAUAAACCGUU